AUGAAAGAGGGAUUAUACUCCUUUAAAUAAAAUUUAGAUCAAACUAAAAACUUAAGAGCUCCAACUGAUAAAAGGAUCAUUUAAGCAGAUUUAAUAAAUUUAAAGAAGAAUGGAUUUGUAUAUCUUGAUAAGAUUCAAGAUAAAAAAAUAGAUUUAAUAGAUUUAGAUAAAUGUUUAUAAAAAUUAAAUCCUCAUGAACAUAAACAAAAUGAAUCUUUAAAUAAACAUAUUUUAUAUGUUUAAAUUUUAGGAGGAGUAAAAUAACAAGAAGAUUUAGAUAAAUUAGAUGAGUUUAUUCAAUAAAAAUAGAAUAAAUAAUAUUAAGAAUAAUUAAGUUAAUUAACUAAUGCUAAUCAAUUUUAGUAAAAUCAUCAUUUAUUUUUGGAUGGUAAAAGAAGAGCUGAGGAAAUAAAUAUUUUUUAAGAAAAAGGUAUAUUUUUUAGAUUGAAUUAGUAACUUUUAGCAUAUGUAAGAACACACAGAUUAGGUGCUUUAUUAAGUUGUUUAAAAUCUAAUUCAAAAUAUAAGCCUUAAGAAUAAGAACAAUAACAAUAAUAACUGGAAGAAAUAUAAUAAAUAAAUAAUUAAGAGGAAUUAUCUAACUUAUAACAAAAAACUAAAAAAAGUUUAAAUUAAAAUGAUAAAUAUACACCAUAAUUAAUAGCAGAAAGAUAAGAAUAAGAACCAGAGUUGAGUAAGGAAUUUUUAACUGUUUUUAAAAAUGACACUACUUUAGAUAAAUAAAAGUUAUAAACAGUUUUUCCAAAGAUUGAUUUUGAGAAAGUAAAGUUAGAUAAAAAAUUUGAUAUUUCAGCAAUGUAAACUGUUGAAAAACAAAAAGAUUCAACUUUGGCACCUUUAAAAAUCAAUAAAGUGCAAUUUAAUCCAGUUGCUAAAUAAAUUACAUAUGAUGUUGAUACUUAUGAAGAAAACACUGAUAGUGUGUUCAAAAAGAUAGAAGAUUUUCAUGAAUCUUUGAGAAAAGGAUAAACCUAGGACACAGUUACAGAUAAAAAAAUUGAAAUAGUUUCAGAAGCAGAAAAAUAAGAAUAUAAGUGGAGUUAAAAUUAGUAUGAUUUUUAUGAUAAAGUCAAGAAACUAUAUUUUGAUAAAGAAAAACCUUAAGAUCAUCAAUUAAAAAUAGAAGAAAAUUAACACUAUAAUUAAAUAAAUAAGAAUCCAAAGUUCAAUAAUAUAUAUUUAAAUACAACAAUUAAAAGAGAUAAUAAAUACUAAAAAGCUAGUAAUUAAGGAUAAUCAAUAAUUGAUUCUAUUUCUAAACUUUAAAAUUUAAAAUUUCAUUAAUAUGAAACAGCAAAGGAUAUAUAAAUUGAAGAUAAGCCAACAAAAGAUUAUUCAUAAAUAGAAGUUCUUUAAUAGUAGUUAUAAAAGGUUUAAGAAAGCUAUUUUGAUAAGGAUUUGGAUGAUCAUGAGAUUUUUAAUUCAUAUAAUUCUGAUAUUAACAAAUUAAAUUAGGUAAUGGAUACAAAAGGAAAUGACAUUUUUGUUGGGGUUGAAAUGCUUUAUAGAUAAUUUAAUUCAAAUUAAUUUGAUAAAUCUUAGUAACAAUUGGCUCCAAAUUUUAAUGGGGCUAUUAAAUUGGAUUUUGAAAAAGUAAAAGAAUAAUUUAGAGUAAUUCCAAUAAAAUAAAAAGAAUAUAAUUAAUAACAAAAGGAAUAAUUUGAAUAAUAUUACUAAAAUAUUCAAGAUCCUUUGGAUAUUUUGCAUUAAGUAAGUGAUACAUAUCAAUAAGCAAAAGAAAUUGAGUAGGAUUUAAUUCAUAAUGAAUUACAUUAGAAAUCAUUAUAUUAAAUAGGUUAAUUGCCAUAUCCAUAAUUUUUUGCAAAUUAAUAUACAAAAUUAAAGAAUAAUAAUGAAAAAAGUGUUUUUAGUUUGAUAGGUAAUUAGCAUCAAAUAAUAAAAACUCCAGACAAAGACUUAUAAAAAAGAUAUCGAUAUUAAAAUAUUUUGAGUAGUGUUGAUGAUGCUAGAGAGAAAUUCAAAUAUAAUUUAACAUGUUAAUGA